UUUUCCGGAGGAGUUUUGUCACUCUAUGCAAUUUUAGUUUUGAAUUAUAAGAAAAUACGCUUUACACAGCCAUGCGGCGAAAUAAGGCCGAAGUGGACGAAUAUAUUUAUUCAGUAGAGAGUUCCUCUCCUUCACUCAAAGAGAAACCAAUUAAAGGAUUUUUAUUUGCUAAAUUAUACUUCGAGGCUAAGGAGUAUGAACUUGCUAAAAGACAUGUAUCAGCAUAUUUGAAGGUGGCGGAAAGAGAUCCCAAAGCACACAAGUUCCUGGGCAAACUUUAUGAGAGGGAAGGAGAUAUCAACAAGGCCAUAGGAUGUUACAAGCGGUCUGUGGACCUGAACCCACCCCAGAGGGACCUGGUUUUGAAGGUGGCUGAGCUGCUGGUCAGUAAGACCGAGAGAGACAACAGAGCAGAGUUCUGGGUGGAGAAAGCUGCCAAGCUGCUGCCUGGACACCUUGCUGUCUUCAACCUCAAGGAGCACCUACUGAAUCAACAGGGCCAGCAGGGAUGGAACCAGUUGUUUGACCUACUGCAGGCAGAGCUGGCUGUGAGGCCUGGCGAUUCCCAUAUCAACAUCAAGCUGGUUCAGUUGUUCUCCUCCGAUGGCAGGCUGGAGGAGGCUGUCAAACACUGUCUGGCCACAGAGAAGAGAGGCCUGCUUAGAUCCAGCUUGGACUGGUACUCUACUGUAGUACAUACUCUACAGGAAUCCCUAGCCCAGCCCAGUGUUUCGUCCAAUGAGAAGAUGAGUCAACAUCAGCAGAGAGAGCUACUUUUGGCCCACUGCAGCCUGCUGAGACUGACUCUGCAGGGGAAAGGACUGCAGCCUAGCAUCCAGGCCCUCUGGAGUUUUGACUGUGCGAUGCAGGGCCUGAAGAAGGCAGAGGGCAGUGUAACAGAAGAUCUGUCUGGGGUCUAUGUGGAGAUGAGGGGACAUCUGUACCUGCAUGCUGGCACUCUGCUGCUGAAGAUGGCUCAGGAGAGAGAACAGCAGUGGCGGGCUGUCAUCGAUCUGGCUGUUCUCUGCUAUCUGCUGGCCUACCAGGUCCCCAGGCCAAAGAGCAAGGUGUCUAAACGGGACCAGUCUCCUCCUCAGCCUCUGGAGCUACUGGCCAGUGACCGAAAGAGCCAGGCUGGACACAUGCUGCUCAACCUCAAGCCCGAGACACACACCUUUGUCAGAGAGGUGGUGGAGGCGUUUGGGAACCGUAGUGGUCAGGACGCUUUGUUUGAGCUUUUGUUUGGGCCUCUGGCUCCGGCCGGGACUUCCUUCAUUGGCAACGAUGACAUCCGCUCCAUCAACACACAGGCUCCAGAGAUAUCUGACCUCACCAAAUGGGAUAACGGCUCCAUCCAGCUCCAUGGUGGGGACCUCCAGCAGCUGUGUUGGCUGGGCCUCCAAUGGUCUCUCUUGGCCCAGAGGCCUGCUCUGAGGGACUGGCUCAAACAGCUGUUCCCAAGGCUCAACCUGGAGACCUCCAAACUGGACACCAACACACCAGAGUCCAUCUGCCUGCUAGACCUGGAGGUGUUCCUGUGUGGGGUGGUGUGGUGCAGUCACACCCAGCUCCAGGAAAGGGCCAGGAUCAGUUCUACUGGUCAACACGAGCCCCGCUGCCUGCCCCUGCCCCUCCUCCACCUCCUCUUCACAGACAGACAGAGGGACUGGUGGGACGCAGUCUACAGGCUCAUACACAAACGAGCUGCGCCUGGCACGUCAGCCAAACUGAGGAUGACGGUUCAACAUGGACUAAGCACCUUGCGAGCCGGAGAGAAACAUGGCCUUCAACCAGCCCUGCCCAUACACUGGGCCCAGCACCUCAGCUCAGCGGUACACACACCUCAGCCAGAUGAGACACCUGCCUUUUUCUGUCACACACUACACACACUAUGCCUUAUGAUUAACGAGACGUGGUGUGAUCAUAACAACGGGUUUGGUGUGAACUCAUACUACGCCCACGAGUACAUAAGACGGAGUGUUCACUACUGGAACGUGGUGCUCCCCCUGCUGGACAAGAUCAAGAGGAGACGUGGCAUCCCUGGAUCCCUGGACCCCCUGUUCAUACACUUCCCCUCUAGAGACAUAGAGAUCCCAUCAGUGAAGGGCUUUGAGGAGGAGGCCAAGAUAGCAUUUGCGACCCUCCUGGACAUCGAGGGGAGGACAGAGGAGGCUAUCGCUACCCUGGAGACCAUCAACAACAUCUCGUCUAACUGGCACCUAGCUAGGAUCUUUCAGCGUCUGUCUGAGGAGGCCGGUAGCGGGGUGGAGGAGACACAGGACAGGUGCAUCAUGUUCCUCAGGAAGUUCAGAACUUACCUGUCCAAGAUCUACAACGCCAACGCUGACGACAUGGAUAAGCUGCCCGUUUCGAUGGAGGAGGUGAUGGAUCUCCUGAACGAUGUGAAACAGCAGCUGGAGGAGAGUGGAGAAGCGAUGGAUGAAGAGGAGGACGGCGGACCAGUCCACUCCAGCCUUCAGUUUACUAAGCCUGCUGCUUCAAUCUCUUGUGUCAGAUUCGCCCCAUUAACCCCCUCCCCCAGCAAGAGCUUGGCCUCUCCCUCCAAAAGACACCUGAUUUCACCAAAGACGCCACCUCAUUGGGCGGAGGACCAGAAGUCCCUCCUGCAGAUGCUCUGCCAGCAGGUGGAGAGCCUCAAGAAUGAGGUCCAUGACCUGAGGCAUCACUCAUCAGACAGCAUGGCGUCACCCCACCAAAGAAUGUAUGGAGAUGGGUACGGGGCUGAGAGCAUGCAGGAGGGCUACCCCCCAGCACAGACCUUCCAUGGAGCACCCCUCACUGUUGCCACCACACAGGCACCCUCUAUGUAUUACAAUCAAUCGCCUGCUUAUAACGCCGGACAGUAUCUCCUUCGUACGGCAGCCAAUGUUACCCCAACAAAGGCUCCUGUGUAUGGAAUCAACCGCCUGCCACCCCAGCAGCACAUGUAUGCCUACCAGCAGCCCACUAACACUCCUCCCCUGCAGUCAACACCAGCCUGCAUCUACCCUCCUCAAGAUCAGGUCUUCGGCGCCCCUCUCCGCUUCGAGUCACCAGCAACCAGUCUACUCUCCCCAUACAGUGAGGAAUACUACGGCCACUCGCAGCCCACCACAAACCCUCCCCUCCCAGAGCCUGGCUACUUCACCAAGCCCUCCAUUGUACCUGUCCAACCACCAAAGAGCAUCGAGGGGAAGCCUGUGGGCUUUGGGAAGAUCUCUUUUGGCCAGCCGAUCCCUGCUGAGCCUCCUAAGUUGCCUGGCUUUGGUGCUGGAAUAGUCGCCCAGUCCACCCCAUCAUCCGCUGCCUUUAAAUUCAACUCCAACUUUCAAUCCAAUGACGGGGACUUCACCUUCAAGUCCAAAAACAAUGAGAGCCUGUUGGGUCUUCUGACAUCAGACAUUCCAACCAAAUCUGAGGGUCCCUCAGAGGGGAAGCCCCAAGAGCCUCCUAGUCAGGGAGGGAUUUUUACCUUUGGCCCUAAAAGUGCGUCUGGGUUCUCCUUUGCUGACACAAUCCAGAUCCAGGACAAACCAAACCUGUUUGGAAAAAUUGACCAGUCAUUUAGUUUCUUUGAUGUAACCCCGCCGGUAUUUGGGCUAGCAAACACAGCAGAGGAGGAGAAGGGAGCGGAGAGCAAUAACGACAGCACUCAUGUGGAGGAGGACGAGGAUGGGCCUCACUUUGAGCCUAUUGUGCCCCUCCCUGACAAAGUAGACGUGAAGACUGGAGAGGAGGAAGAGGAGGAGAUGUUCUGUAACAGGGCCAAGCUGUUCAGAUUCGAUGCGGAGACAAAAGAGUGGAGAGAGAGAGGUAUCGGCUUAGUCAAAAUCCUAAAGCACAAUAGAUCAGGAAAAGUGCGUCUGCUGAUGAGGAGGGAGCAGGUUCUGAAGAUCUGCGCUAACCACUACAUCACGCCAGAUAUGCUCCUGAAACCAAAUGCUGGAUCUGACAAGUCCUGGGUCUGGAAUGCCGUUGAUUAUGCGGAUGAGGAACCAAGGACUGAGCAACUGGCCAUCCGGUACAAAACGGAAGACGAGGCAUUGCUCUUCAAGACAAAGUUUGAAGAGGCUCAGAAGAUCGUUCUCAAAUCUCCAGAAAAGCAGCUAGAUCAGUCAUAUAGGAAAAAUAAUUUUCCUAAACUCUCUGCUCCAUUGGCAACAAACUUUGCUGCCCAGUUUGCAAAGAAGUACGGGGAGUGGGACUGCGAUGUGUGCUGUGUAAGAAAUGCAGCUAAAGUUAUGCAGUGUGUUGCCUGCCAGACUGCCAAACCUAAUGCCCCAUCAAAGCCAGACAGCGCACCGGCUACUGACAUCAAAGGCUUUACUAGUGGGGCAGCUUCAGUGGGAGGAUUUACUUUUGGAUUUGGAGCUGACUCGUCAAAAGAUACCAGCAGCGCAGGAUCUAUUGGAAAAGGAUUUGGGUCUUUUGGAGCUCAGAUACCCUCCUCCUUUACGUUUGGAACCAGUGGCACCACUUAUAUACCUGCUGCUGGUUUUGGUGCCCAGUUUGGAAAGAGGCAAGAAACCACAAAAGUAGCAGCAGAAUCAAAGCCCUCAACCAUGCCAUUUGGCUCUGGAUUUGGUGUGCAGUUCAGCAAAAGGGCAGGGCAAUGGGACUGUGAUACAUGCGCUUUAAGAAAUGAGGCAUUUGCAAACAGUUGUCUCUCUUGUCAAACUCCUAACCCUUCAGGAAAACCUGCUGCUGAUGCCCCAGCUUUGGCAACCCUCUCAAUUGGGUCUGGAUUUGGUGCACAGUUUGGCAAAAAACCAGGGCAGUGGGAGUGUGACACGUGUCUUGUUAGAAAUGAGGAGUCUGCUAGCAGUUGUGUUUCUUGUCAAACUCCAAACCCUGUAGCCAAAACAGAUGUAGAUGGAGCAGCAGAAUCAAAGCCCUCAACCAUGUCAUUUGGUGCCCCAGGUUUGGCAACCCUCUCAACUGGGUCUGGAUUUGGUGCCCAAUUCAGCAAAAAACCAGGGCAAUGGGACUGUGAUACAUGCGUUGUAAGAAACGAGGCUUCUUCAAGCAGUUGUGUUUCUUGUCAAACUCCUAACCCUUCAGCAAAAUCAACAGUAGAGGUACCACCAACAACAAAGCCAACAGUGUCAGACUUUGGUGAUGCUUUUUCAAGGAAGGAUGUACAAUGGGACUGUGACACUUGUCUAGUGAGGAAUGAUGCAUCUGCCUCUAAGUGUGUUUCCUGCCAGACACCCAACCCCAAUGCUAGCAGCUCCUCUCUUAGGGCCAUGUUUGCCAGGCAGGAGGGAGAGUGGGACUGUGACGCAUGUCUAGUCAGAAACAACGACUCUGCUAGUCAAUGUGUCUCCUGUCAGAUGCCCAAACCCAAUGUUAAGAGCAUAGCCACAGCCGCCACUUCCAGCUCAUCCUUCAGCUUUAACUUCGGGUGUCGGACUGCCUCUACUCAACCCACAGGCGCUGGGUUUAAAGCGAACUUCAACGGUGACAGGUCUUUGCAUUUUGGCACAGGCAAAGUUGAUAAAAGUUCCCCUGCAUUCUUCAAGUUUGAGACCCCUCAGGCUGAAAGCAGUACCCCCAGUGCUGCAGGCUUCUCUUUCACCAUGCCCAUCCCAGCAGGUGGUUUUAAGUUUGGCACUCAGGAAACUGCAAAGGAAACGCUACCAGCUGAAACUCAGACUCCUGCUUCAGGGUCUGUGUCAAUGUUCCUGAAGAAUAUUGCAGAGCAGAACAGAGAGAAAGAGAAGGAAUCUGGUGUCAGUGUAUAUGCAUCAGUGCUGUCAGUGGACAAGACAGGUCAGGAUGAAAAUCCCCUCUUCACUGGCAAACCCAACGACUUCAGUUUUGCAGACUUGGCUAAAAACUCACAAGGGGACUUCCAGUUUGGUCAGACUGACUCCAAUUUCAAAGGCUUCACCCGCGCUGGUGAGCAGCUGUUCACAUCCCUUCAGUCAAACCAGAGGGCAGACACCUCAGCUGACCAGGAUGAAGAGGACAUAUACAAGACAGAGGAUAAUGACGAUAUCCAGUUUGAGCCUGUGGUCCAGAUGCCAGAGAAAGUGGACCUGGUCACAGGAGAGGAGGACGAACAGGCCCUCUACUCCCAGAGAGUGAAGCUCUUCAGGUUUGACGGAGACAUCAGCCAGUGGAAGGAGAGGGGCGUUGGAGUCCUCAAGUUCCUGAAGAACGCCACCAAUGGCAGGCUCAGGGUGCUGAUGAGGAGAGAGCAGGUCCUGAAGGUGUGUGCCAACCACUGGAUCACCACCACCAUGAACCUGAAGCCCUUGGCUGGCUCCGACAAGGCCUGGAUGUGGCUGGCUAAUGACUUCUCUGAUGGAGAUGCCAGACUGGAGCAACUCGCUGCCAAGUUUAAAACCCCUGAGCUGGCUGAGGAGUUCAAGCUGAAGUUUGAGGAGUGUCAGAUGCUCCUGUUAGACAUCCCACUGCAGACUCCUCACAAGCUUGUUGACACAGGCAGAACUGCACAUCUCAUCCAGAAGGCAGAGGAGAUGAAGUCCGGCCUGAAAGAUCUUAAAUCUUUCCUGACCGAUAACAAAACCAAGAUCAAGGAGGACGACAGCCAAGCUAACAUCACAACAGCCAGUAACACCUCUGGUCUGAAUAUCAAGCCCCACGCAGAGAACACUGGCCCUACCUUAGAAUGGGACAACUAUGACCUGAGAGAGGAGGCUCUGGACGACAGUGCUGACACCUCUGUCUACGCCUCACCCCUGGCAAGCAGCCCAAUCAGGAAGAACCUCUUCUGCUUUGGAGAAUCCACAGAGGGCUUCAACUUCAGCUUCCAGCCUGUCGUCAGUCCCGCCAAGUCGCUGGCCGAGAUGAACCAGAGCGGGGUGUCUGUGGAUGAGGAGCAGGACAUUAGCCAGGAGGAGGAGCGGGACGGCCUGUACUUUGAGCCUGUGGUUCCCCUGCCAGACCUGGUGGAGAUCUCCACUGGAGAGGAGAAUGAAAAUGUGUGUUUCAGCCACAGGGCAAAGCUGUAUCGCUAUGACAAAGACCUGAAUCAGUGGAAGGAGAGGGGCAUCGGAGACCUCAAGAUACUGCAGAACUGCGAUACCAAACGAGUCAGACUCAUCAUGAGGAGAGACCAAGUCCUGAAAAUCUGCGCCAACCAUUGGGUCACACCUUCUAUGAAGUUGGAGCCCAUGAAGGGUGCUGAGAAGGCCUGGGUCUGGAGCGCUAUUGACUUUGCCGAGGUAACUAAGGGAAAUGUUGAGCAGUUAGCUGUGAGAUUCAAACUGAAGGAUGUGGCUAACUCCUUCAGAGAUAUAUUUGACCAGGCUAAAACUGCCCAGGAGAAUGAGAUUCUGGUCACUCCAAUAGCCUCCAGUGAGACCCUUACUCAGGAGGAAGCAAUAGCGACGGGGACAACAGUGUGUGGACAAGCUGAUGUGGACAUCCUGGAGGAGACCACCACAGAACGGACGGAGCUGUAUCAUGAGACUUUACACACCCCUGACUGUAAGUCCUCCACUGGCACUCCACAUAGCCCUCUCAACCUCUCCAGGAUGGUGAUGUCCCCACCCAAGUUCCUCUUUGGAACAGACUCUCUCCAGAAGUUUUUCGGCAGCAGCCCCCCGUCGUCCAAGGAGGAUAGUUCUUCAGAGAGCUCCAAGGUUAAAGACAGCGGUCGGACCUCCCAGCCUUUAACUGCAUUCAAAAUCUCAGAAAAAGCACCCUCCCAGGCGGAGGCCGACGGUGAGGUGGAAGUGGUGUAUGUGAGGCAGCCAACAGUUGAGCAGGCUCUUCUGGCCAGGGAACUCCUGCUGCCUCUCACCUUCUUCUGCUACCAGAACGAACCAGGAUAUACCAGCGACGUCCAGACAGAUGAUGAGGACUUUGAGACAGCAGUUAAAGCCCUGAAUGGAAAACUGUACCAGGAUCCUCCUGAGAGAGAAGCUGCAAGUGCAGGUUCUGCAGGCCAGGCCGACGCAGGUGUUCAGGGUCUGGACCUGGAGCUUGAGGUGGUAUGGGAGAAGAGGCCUACUCCAGAGGAGGAACAGAAAGCCAGGACCCUGCAGCUGCCUUCAACCUUCUUCUGUAGUGUAGGCAGCGAUAGCGAGGCAGAGAAGGACAAGCCAGAGGACUUUGAGACAGAGCUUCGCAAAGCACAGGAGGCUCUGGAUGCUGAGAGAAGCUCAGACCCUGUUUCAUCUGAGGCUGUGUCCUCUAGCACCGGCGAUACUGUGCCAGAACAACAGGUCCCAGACCAGUCCCCCAGCAGCCAGGAACAGGCUUCAGAUCAGUCUGAGGCAGAAGUCCAGUCCACUACAGCAGAAAAACAGGUCCCAGAUCAGUCCUUAACCAUACAGGAGGCUGAAAUCCCAACCCCAGGUAGCCAGGAACAGGCCACAGAACAGUUGGUUACCAUCCAGGAGGCAGAAGUCCAGUCCUCUACAGCAGAGGAACAUGUCCCAGAUCAGUCCUUAACCAUACAGGAGGCUGAAAUCCCAACCCCAGGUAGCCAGGAACAGGCCACAGAACAGUUGGUUACCAUCCAGGAGGCAGAAGUCCAGUCCUCUACAGCAGAAGAACAUGUCCCAGAUCAGUCCUUAACCAUACAGGAGGCUGGAAUCCCAACCCCAGGUAGCCAGGAACAGGCCACAGAACAGUCAGUUACCAUCCAGGAUGCUGACAUCCAAUCUUCUACAGCAGAGGAACAGGUCCCAGUUCAAUCAGUAACCAUCCAGGAGGCAGAUGUCCAGUCCUCUACAGCAGAAGAACAGGUCUCAGUUCAGUCAUUAACCAUUCAGGAGGCAGAGGUCCAGUCCACUACACAGGAGCAGCAGACGCCAGAUCAGUUAGACUCCACUUCAACACCAUCUCAGACUGCGGUCUCCCGCAGCAGGGAGCAGGCUACCACUCCAAACCGUCCAGAAAAACUUGCUGCUAGUGCCCCAGCUUUGAUAACCCCCUCAUUUGGUUUUGGAUUUGGUGCACAGUUUGGCAAAAAGCCAGGGCAGUGGGAGUGUAACAUGUGUCUUGUUAGAAAUGAGGAGUCUGCAAGCAGUUGUGUUUCUUGUCAAACUCUAAACGAGCAGGCUCCAGAUCAGUCUACUCCUGCAGCUACCAGCAGCAGCAGCCCUAUAGACCUGUCUGCCAAGAAGACCUCUGAGCCUGGCUCCAAUACUACAUUUUCUACAACCACUACUCAGGAUGCUCCUAACUCAUUUGGCUCAUUGGGCUUCAGUGCUCUAGGAGGGGAAGGGUUCUCCUUUGCUGAUCUGGCACAGAACACUGGGGGGGAAUUUGCCUUUGGAAAACAAGAUUCCAACUUCUCGUGGGCGAACGCCGGGGCUACGUUGUUUGGAGCUGCAGCCCCAGCCAAAGCUGAGGGGGGGGAGGAGGGGAGUGAUGAAGAGGACACUAAUAAUGUGGGCAUUGACUUUGAACCCAUAGUCUCUCUACCAGAGGUGGAGACUAAGUCAGGGGAGGAGGAUGAGGAGAUCCUGUUUAAGGAGCGUACCAAGCUGUACCGCUGGGAGAGAGACCUGGGCCAGUGGAAGGAGAGGGGUGUGGGAGACAUCAAGAUCCUCUUCCACCCCGAUAAGAGGUUCUACCGGGUGCUGAUGAGGAGGGAGCAGGUGCUGAAGGUCUGUGCCAAUCACACCAUCUGUCAGAGCAUGGAGCUCAAACCCAUGAACACCUCUAACCAAGCCCUAGUCUGGACAGCUACUGACUUUUCAGAGGGUGAGGGUAAGGUGGAACAGUUGGCAGCCAAGUUUAAGACCGCGGAGCUGGCCGAGUGUUUCAGGAAGACCUUCUGUGAGUGUCAGAGUCGUAUGAGCCAAUCAGAGGCCUCGUCCCUCUCCUCCCCCCAGCUGUCCAGGGUACAGGAACAUUCCAGAGACGCCAAUCCCCAGGUGUACCUCUCUAUCUCCGCUGACGACAAGCCCCUGGGAACGGUCACCAUAGAACUGUUCUCUCACAUCGUCCCCAAGACAGCUGAGAACUUCAGAGCGCUGUGUACAGGACAGAAAGGCUUCGGGCUGCGCAACUCUGUCUUCCACAGGGUCGUACCGGACUUCAUGUGUCAGGGUGGAGACAUCACCAACCAGGAUGGGACAGGAGGGAAAUCCAUCUACGGGGACAAGUUUGAGGAUGAGAACUUUGACGUGCGCCACACAGGCCCGGGGCUGCUGUCCAUGGCCAACCACGGCCGAGACACCAACAACUCCCAGUUCUUCAUCACCAUGAAGAAGGCUGAGCACUUGGACUUCAAACACGUGGCCUUUGGCUUCGUCAGAGAGGGCAUGGAUGUGGUCCGCAGCAUGGGAGAGCUGGGCACCAAGACUGGCAAACCCAGCAAGAAGAUUGUCGUCACCGAAUGUGGACAACUGUAGAGCUUCGCUCUGUUCACUGACUGUGGACAUCUCAACUGUAGGGCUGAGAUCUGGUCACUGACUGGAUGGCUAUCGGCCUUCGCUCUGGCCAUGGACUGGACAGUGAUAGGCUUUCAAACUGUGGACAACUAUAGUAGGCAAAUCUCAAAUGAGACCCUAUACCUCAUGUAAUGUAAAACAUGUUUGUUUUUUUACAAGAGCCCAUGUGCAGUGCACGAAGGGUUCUGGUAGUGCACUACGGGGGGAAUAGGGUGUCAUUUGAGACAGAGAUGGUCACCUUUUCAAAAGUGUGGCCCCACCCUGAGGGCAGCAUGUGACUGUGAAUCCCCAGUCUGUUUUUUUGUGUAUAAUGUACAUUAACUUUCUUUGAGAGGGGUGUUCUUUUCAUGUUUUCCAAUAAGAGUUGAAAACGCUGGUUCCUUCAUAAGCUCCCUAACUUGAUUGUUUUGUAUAAUUAAGCCUUAAUCGAGAUGAACAAGAAACCUUGUUUAAAAACCAACCUCUGUUCAUUUUGAACUACGUUCCUUUCUCCUGCUCCCUGUGAAUACUUUUAGGUGUGUUUUUGUGUAUACAUUGAUUUCAUAAUGUACAAAUCAUUGAGACUACCUUUGUCCAUUUUAAACUCUAAAGUUAGGAAUAUGAAGAACUAUAACCUACUGUGUGACACUUUGGGAGAGGGAUGACAUAAUAUCUUAUUGUUGUGGAAGAACCUUUUAUGGUAUUCUGUUGACAAAUAUCACUUGGAGUUGAAACAAUUCUUAUUGUCAAUAAAUAAAUGAUGCUGGAGAAUGUCUUUAGAAAUAAAGUUGCUUUAUAC